GCUUCUGACUAAGCAUGGAUGGAUUUAUGGAUUUAUCUCCUCCACAAUGCCGGAACAGAUAUCAUCAAAACUCUUUUCUACAGAUUCUUUCCCAAAGGCAGUUUUCCUUGUGGUGGUGGGGUAUUGUACUUAAAAUGGUUCGAAGGCUAGUUUUGGAAAAUGUGAUAUGCUCUUGUGCCUAUUUGUAGGCCUGUUAUAAAUAGGUUUGGCAGGGUACACAUGCUCAUGUUUGAUUGGAAAUUGCACAGUGCCUUGAGCCGGAGAGAGUGGUGGGUCCUUAUACAAAGAGACAAAAGGAAAGCUAUGAAUGCUGCUAUCUCCCAGAUUUAGAGCCACAGAAGAAAACCUAAUUUGUUUUGGUGGAUGUACAUCAUCAUCUGUUGCCUUCUCUGAGGAAGUUUCUCCUGGGAAUUUAAGUUUGAAAGAGAAACGGUAUCUGUUGGAGAAUGAGUUCCAGGAGGCUGAUGACCCGCUCCUACUCUGCGGGGGACGGGAGGUCCAGCUCCCACAAUGGAGAUGAUGUCAUAGGGAGUAGCAGAGCCAGCAGCCACAGCUACCUCUCUGAUGUCAGGCCUGAAAACAGCUACUCCAGUCACAGCUAUUCUCAGUACAGGCCAUCAAGGAGCACACUACAUUGUGUUAUGGCACAUUUAACGGAGGAGACCCAGCCAUCCUUUGAGACGACAUUAAAGUCAAGAGCCGUAUCUGAAACCUGUAGCAUCAAGUUCACCUGUGAGGUGUCAGGUCACCCCGCUCCAGACGUGACAUGGUAUAAAGAUAAUUUGCAAUUGGACAGAUACUGUGGACUACCUAAAUACAACAUUUCCCGCAAUGGACAAAACCAUUCACUGCACAUUUACAAUUGCACUAUGGAGGAUGCAGCCAUCUACCAGGCGUCAGCCAGGAACAACAAAGGCAUUGUGUCCUGCUCUGGAGUCCUUGAGGUGGGGACGAUGAGCGAAUACAAGAUCCACCAGCAGUACUUCGCCAAGAUCAAACUGAAGGCCGAAAACACACGCAGAGAGCUGGAGGAGCCCAAGCCGUGGGACAAGGAGAACCACGGGUCUCCUGGUAGUCGGCAGGAAACACUGAGGACCAUCAGUCCAGAUCGGUCCCAGAGGAAGCGACGGUCCCCCAUGGACCCCAGCCUCAGUGCCCCCAGCUUUAUGGAGGAUGAAGUGGUUGAGGAGAGCACUCAGGCUCAUGCUGGGGAGGCAGAGGCCAGGCUACAGGACACACCCGUGGUGAGAGAAGAAAAACGGGAAUCUAACAGGGCUGGGUCUUCCAAUGUCAAUGGACAGGCGGCCAUUACAGAAAAUAGCAGCAACAAAGGCCGGACGUAUGUUUACGAUUCAGUGCAGAAGGCUUUUGCUCCACACACACCAAAAGCAUCACUGGCCAAGAAGAAGAUAAAGAUCUCGAAUGGAGAGGAUAGUGGGAUGACGGCUGAUAGCCAAGCAGGGAAGAAGCCUGAGGAGAGAGGGAUGAGUGAAGAAGGAGAGGUCAGUGUGACACCCUGUUUGGUUGAGUCCUCACACUCACUGGGGUCAUCAGAAGAGGCCCUGGAAGUGGAGAAGGCUGUUGAAACUUCAGCCUCAAAGACAGAGUGUGUAAAAUACAUGAAUCAGUCUGAGAGAGCCCCACUGAACAACACUGUGUCAGUAAUGGAAGAAGUGAAGGUCCAAGUGAAGGAGAAAGUACCUGUACAAACCCCACCACACAAUGGAGAGCCUAGCAUCCUGUCUACUUCUACUGGGCUCCCCUCUACAGGGGAAACCAUCUCAGGGAAUAAGAGUCAGAAUGCUGCAGUGGCUCAGGUGACCCAAAAUGUUGGAAAUAACAAUAUUAUGGGGAGUCAGAGUACAGUUCCUCCUGUCACCUCAAGUCCUUCAGCUAAACUAAAACCACAACCAAGUCCUUCAGCUAAAAUAAAACCACAACCAAGUCCUUCAGCUAAACUAAAACCACAACCAAGUCCUUCAGCUAAAAUACAACCACAACCAAGUCCUCUUUCAGCAAAACCACAGCCACAACCACAUCUUCUAUCUGCAAAACUACAACCACAACCACGUCAAUCAAACCUAUCAGUAAAAUCACAACUAGGUCCCUCAGUAACACCACAACCACAACCAGCUCCUUCUGGGACACUACAACCACACCAAUCAAGUCCUUCAGUAAAACUACAACCACAACCUGAUCCUCCUUCUGCGAAACUACAACCACAACCACAAAUACGUCAACCAAGUCCUUCAGAGAAACUCCAAGCAAGUCCUUAUGCGAAACCACAACCACAACAGAUUACUUCUACGAAACUACAACUACAACCACAACCACGUCAACCAAGUCCUUCAUUCAAAUUACAACCACGUCAAACAAGUCCUUCACCGAAUUUACAACCACAACCAAGUUCCUCUGUCACACCACAACCACAAGCAAGUCCUUCAGUAACAAUUCCACAGGUGUUGAGCAACACACCAGAGAACAUUAAAACCCAUCAAAGCAACGUAACAGACAUGGAGGUAGACGAUAAGCCUUCUGUCCUGGAACACCUAAACAGCACCACUACUCCCCUAAAAGGUCAAACUGAAUGCCCGGGGAAGGAUUCAGCAUCAGUGCUUGAGGUGCUAAACUCAGAUACUUAUUCCAUUCAUGGAACUGGAACUGCAGUUGAAGUUGCUGGGGAAUCAGUGGAGUCAGUACUAACAUCACCCUGUAAGAGCAGCGAGGCUGUCUCUGCCUUGCCUCAGCGUCUGUGUGAACAGUCAGGAGAUCAGCUGUCUGUGGAGGAAACAAGCACGUGCCUAAAGAAUGUGUCUUUGUCUCGGCUGCCUGCGCAGCUGGGUGGGGAGGUUACACAGAACCACAGACAGACAGAGAGAGAGUGGAAGAGAACACCUGUCGGGCAAGAACCUGUAAUACUAACCAUCCGGAGAAAGCUGGACGGACAAUCACCUUCGCCACGACAACGUUCUCCAUCGUCAUCGGACAGAGAAGUCACAGCAAAUGCCAACAAACGAUCUCCUAGUUUGCACAAUCCUCCGAGCCAAUCGGCCGCUGACAAAAUGACGCAGGGCACACAGGAUCAUUCCAGGGGAUCAAAUGAGAGCCAUACAUUACCUUUUACAGAGCCACUAAAGUCACCCCUGGAAAGCCCGGGUGUUGGUGAGAAAACCUUGGGGUGUAGUGUUUCCUCAGUAGGCCAGCAAGGCCAAGUUGAGAUAGCUAUAAAAACCGUUGGUGAGACAGAAAUACAAGUUGACGUUAAAGUACAGGGUAAUAAUUUGGCUGAGUUACAUGCACAGGGAGGCAAUUAUGAGAGAAGAGUUGACAUGGAAACUGUUUAUAAACUUAGCAAAGUUCAGGAAGGUGAAAUUGAAAGACUUACGAAAGCACCUGAAAAGAAAACCGUUGAAAGUAUAGCAGUGGCUGUAUGGGAUGAGAAGAGUAUACCUGUGUUGAAGAUGGCAGAAUGCCAAGAUCUUUCUCUAAAUCCCCGCUUUCAGUCAAUUAUUCCAGACACAUCACAGACGGCCGACACAACAAGUGUCCCAAACACAAACAUCUCAGAGCAACAACCAAAAGCCCCAACACCUGUAGCCAAAGUAAUGUCUAUUGCCGAGAUUCUAAGGUCACAAAUGGAGAAAAGUGCCCCUACAGAAGUAAAUCCAGUGCCAUCCAUUUCAGAUGCACCCAUUUCAGUAGCUACCAUUUCAAUGCCCCUUAUACAAAGUCUAAACACAGACCAACAACCUAAAUGUCCCCCAUCAACUGACAUACAGGAUGUGAGAAUGCAAAGUCCAGAGUUGAGGAUGGAUGAGACAGAGUACAGGCAGGAACCUGAGAAAGACACUUGUAAGAAGGAAACCAAUAUGUCUGUCGGUUCUUUUUCAGCUUCAAAUGUAGAAUAUAGAUGUAAUACCUCUGAACCAGAACGAGUUGAGUCCCCCAUAGUUAGUCCUGUGACUGAAGCCUCACCUAAAGCUUUUGUUAUUCCUCCUAUCUCUAUUGUAGACAUGGACGGCACUUUAGAGAACAGUAAUCCUCCUGUAUGUAUAGUGAUGGACAUUGAAAGUGUCAUGGAUACAGAGCGGGAGCAUCUUUUGGAUCAUAAUGCUGAUAUUAGUCUGGCUGCGGAUAAGGAUGGUCAAAAAGAGUCUUCUCUUGUUACUCCAGAGCAGAAGUCCUUGGACAACACAGUUCCUCCUCCAUCCAUCUCAUCUGUUACCUUCCCUGCAGACAAACAACAAACACUAGAUACAGUCAAAGGGAUGGAUUCUUCACACUCACUGCCUCCAGUGUUCAGCAGUCGACAUGGCAGAGACGAAACGUGUGCUUCUCCCCUUUCGGAGCGUUCCACAGAAUCUAGCUCACUUCCCAGUGCCACUGAGAACCAACGUUUUUCUACAAAAAAUACAGCAUUUACAAACAACAUUGCAACCCCAACAUUGCAACCUGUCAGUGAAAAACAGAGAGACUCUUCACCAGAUACUGGUAUGAUUUUAGGUUGGAGUGAAGCAUGCAAACCUGAUGUUCCUCAGCCAGGUCCUCAGACUUUACGAAGGUUUGAUACCAACAGUUCCCCAAGUAGUGAGACACAAGGGUCAGUACCUGUUCCCACCAUUCCGUUGGAUAGCACAAGCUCUCCAUCCAAGGAGGUGAAAGUUGAGGAAUAUUCAAAGCCAGACUCUUCAACAUCUGUCUCAGUCACUGAAAGCAGUACUGGCCUGCUGAAGGGAUCAGACAGUGUGUCCCCCAUGCCCUCAGCCACCCCACAGGAGCUGGCCUCGGGCGCUAGACGCAAAAUCUUAAUCCCAAAACCCAAAGGAGAGGACCCUGAAGCUGUUGCUUCACAGAUUGACACCCAGAGCCCCCAGAGAGAGGAGGUCCUCAGGAUGAGCUCCAGGCUAUGCCCAGAGUCCUCCUCUCCCAUGUCCCCUGGGCUGUCCCGCAGGUCGCCCCUGCUGCAGCCCCCCAAUGGCCAGCGCACCCCUCCAACAGAGAGACGCUCCCCACUGCUCAGUAGGAGGAAGCUGGCUCCAACUCCAGAGACCCUCAAACAGAGCCAGGAACCUGCCCUGGAGACAACCGACACUACCAAGACUGAGGAGAAACCAGCUGAGAAGGACAAGCAUAACCCAUUCAAAGCUCCUCAGGUCAUCAGGAAGAUUAGAGGAGAGCCCUUCUCAGAUGCGGCAGGACAUCUGAAGCUGUGGUGCCAGUUCUUCAACGUUCUUAGUGACUCCACAAUUAAGUGGAUCAGGGAUGAGGUGGAGAUCGCUGAGGUUAAAAGAAGUGCAGGAGAUGAGAAUCAGGUAGCGUUGGCUAUUGUCCAGACGUCCAGCAGAGACUGUGGAGUUUAUGGCUGCACCAUCACUAAUGAACACGGGACAGACACAACAGACUUCCUACUGAGUGUUGACAUACUCUCUGGCAUGUUUCUGCGUGAGGAUCAAGAAGUGGGAGAGGAGAUAGAGAUGAGUCCACUACUGUUCAACAAGGGCCUGGCUGACUCUGGCGUCUGGGGAAGUAAGUUCUUUGGGCGUAUCAUGAUGGAGGAGGCCCAUAUAGGAGAGGGCUGCUCCCACAAGGCCUGCAGAGUGAAGGUCAUCUAUGGGCUGGAGCCAGUGUUUGAGUCUGGGACCACAUGUUACAUCAAGGUGAAGAGCCCCAUCGCCUACUACGGAGUCAAGGAGGAGAGCAACUUGGUCGAGAGGAACCUGGCAAUCACCCAACAGGAAUGUAGACAUCAGAACAUCGCUCGUGAAUACUGCAAGAUCUUUGCUGCGGAAUGUAGGGUGAUAGGAACCUUUGGAGAAGUGCUGGAAGUGAUCCCAGUCCACCAUAUGUAUCGGCCUGCCAACACCAUUCCCCAUGCCACGGUGGAAUCUGACCUGAAGGGGGUCUAUCUGAGGUACUGUCUGAUGGACGCUACGGGCCGGCUGGUCAUGAGAACUGGCUCAGAGGCGGCACUGAAGUGUUGUACUCUGCAGCACUGGAUCCUCCAGUGGACCAAUGGAAACCUGCUGCUCACUCGGAUGGAAGGUGUUGACUUCAAGAUCACAAACGUUGGAAUUUCCAUCAAAUCGAAAGGGUACCAAAGUCUCACGAUCACAGAGAACCCCAAUGUGUUUGAGCAGUUUGUCUCUCAGCACCAGUGUAACUACUACUGCGGCCUCCUCAGGCUGAGGUCCCUGAAGACACAGGACUCCCUGCAGACCCCAGCCAAACCCAAGUGCUCCAGGAGCCCCCAGCUCCACCGCAAGAUGGGCGGCUCCUCCAGUCCUCAGCCCUCCAGGAAGGCCACAGGAAGCCCCCGGCAGAUCAGAAAGCCAGCACAGCCAGAGGACAGCAAAGCCACCAACAAGCACAAGGCCGUUGAUGUUCCCAAUGUUGUCCGAAGUUAGAAUCGGCUGUAGAAAGCAAGCAACUGCUUUUCUCAAUAAAGAGAAUAAAUGCUGAACCAGAUAUGGAAUUACUGCCAGACAUGUCCUCCCACCUAUAGAGCUUUCGGGGAGCUGGGAGCCGGUCUGGGAUGAAAGGCUGGUGACCCCUCCUACAAGCCGUGACAGACAGACAGACAGACAGACAGACAGACAGACAGACAGACAGACAGACAGACAGACAGACAGACAGACAGACAGACAGACAGACAGACAGACAGACAGACAGACAGACAGACAGACAG